AUGGAGAAGAAUCUUGGCGGAAUUGUUGGCAAAUAUGGCACACGAUAUGGUGCCAGUUUGCGGAAGCAAAUCAAGAAAAUGGAAGUAUCACAACACGCCAAGUAUUUCUGUGAGUUCUCUGGGAAGUAUGCUGUGAAGAGAAAAGCAGUUGGAAUCUGGGGAUGCAAAGACUGUGGAAAGGUGAAGGCUGGGGGUGCUUACACCCUAAACACUGCUAGUGCUGUUACCGUGAGGAGCACGAUUAGGAGGUUGAGAGAUCAGACCGAAGCGUAAACUGAUCAAGGCAUCAUCAGCCAAAUCUAUUUCUCUUGAAAUUAAGAUUUUUGUUUCAUGUUAUUUAGUUCACUGGUUUUUGUUUAGACUUUUGCAUUCUGACGAUCAGCUUAAUUGAUUUUUGAAAAAUUGAAUUCCUGUGUGAUUUUGGAACA